AUGGACGCCCUCCUCGCUCCCGCGGUCCGUACCGACCACCAAGACUUUGCCGUCCCCUCCCCCCACACCCACCUCUACGACAUCUCCCCCAACCCCGGCUCCUCCUACGAUUUCGACUCCUUCCCCGACUCGGCCCACUUCCCCCACACCCCGUCCUACAACGGCUCCUAUCAGAACUCCCCAUACUCGUCCUACUCCGAUCUCCCUCCAAUAGACGGCAACGACCCAGAUCUCGCCCUCUUCAACGACGACAACCCCUCGGGCAUCUCAAUCACAGAGGAGUACGAUCCCACAGACUUCGACCCUCCCUCCUCCGGCGGGCCGCUCCUCAUUGACGACCCUUACAUUAACGCCGCUCACGUCUCUGUGUCCGUAACGCCCCCGCUCCACGACUACUCGUCCCCCAACGCUUUUGAUCACGCGUCCCCCGCCUCCUCCAACGGUCUUGAAGACGACAAUCACAGCCACGCAUCCUCCAACUCUUCCUACAUGCACCCUUCCUCUCCGCACGACUUCUCCCAGACCUUCCAGGACAGUCUGUCCUUCCGCUCCCCUGCCUGGCCCGUGGGUCAGCUCCCUGACGACCGCCGCUCCCCUCCUCUGCACAAGCCCCAGUCCCCUCCCCAGCUCCUCAUUCCCGAUCACUCUAGUCCCGGUGCAGACGCACCGCCCACCAUCAACGCACCCGACGGAGACGGUGGCCUCAUCGGCUCCGGUCCGACCUUGCAGAUCGUUCCUGCUACCCCGGUCAGCGGUGGCGGAGUGACUGCUCGGAAUGUCCCCUUCCGGGACACGCUCGGGACGCUCCAGCAAGGUAUGUUGCAACGCGCUGUUCUUGCUUGCUCCCCAUCGCUGAUCAACGUCGGACUUCAGGCUCGACAGCUGUCGGUGGAUCUUCAGAUGCGGAAUGGCAGCAGCACGGACGGUACAACACACAGAGUGGUCAGUUCUCAGAUCCCACGUCGUUCACCUACCCGUCUGCUGCAUCAGCAAGUUCCUCGGCGCUAG